AUGCGUGGCGCAGCUCCCCCCUGCGUCAUCGCGCCGAGGCAGGCUCGCGGCCGCCCCCUCUCCUGCGCCGCGUCCGCCGACCUCUUCUGGUUCUGCGUGCUUCUCCUCUGCGUCGGCUGGGUCACGCCGCAGGCCUCGCGCGCGGCGUCCUCCUCCGCGACGUUUGGUUCGAACUGGGGAGGCGACAGCCUCGCUCAGUCCUCUGCCUCCGCCGACACUUCCACGCAUCCGGCAGCUGCCGACUCUGCGCCCUUAUACGCGAACGCGCAGGCUCCCCAGCUGCAUGCCGUCGCCUCGGUCUCGCGGGAGAAGGCCGCCGGCGCGACGGCGGCGGCGACGGCGACCCGAGACCUGUCCUUCAGCGGCUCUUCUGCGCCGCCGCCGCUGAAGGACGCUCCACAGCAGCGCGGCGAAGACGCAAAACACAGGCGAAGAACGGCGUUCGCUGACGCACGAGGCUCGCCCUCCACGGAGCGGCCGCGGAGCAGCGCCGCGAUCGAACAGCGCCUGAGGCGCGCGGCGCUCGCCUUCGGCCGCCAAAGCCGACGCAGCGGCGCACUCGAAGAAGAGAGAGACUCGCGCGCCGAUCACUACGAUUCCGACGUGCCGACAGGCGACCCCCUGGUAGUGCUUGAGCGCGGGAACAGAAGAGAGCAAGCGGCAAAGGCCGUCAGACGCGAACUGAGAAUCUCCCGGAGGCAAUGGAAUCGCACGCUCAUGUGGUUUCUUGUGAGCGCGGUGCAACUGGGGACUUCGUUUACGCUCAUUCAUUCUUUCAAUAUGGGCCUGCAGCUCCUCUUGGUAUACGGCGGCCUCAAGAGCCCUUUAGCUCUGUUCUACGCGGUGGUGGUGGGCGGCACGCUGACCUCGUACCUGGCUGACGUGCUCGUUACGGCUGUCACUUCGCUGCUCAUUUUGAUCUUUGCGAGAAUCUCUGAGGGAUCCAGGGUCGUCUUACACAGUGUCCCAGGCAGCCGCAGCGUGCGGAGAAGCGACAGGAAAAAACUUCAGGAGAGCGCGGCGAAGCCGCGCUCUCCGAGGACUAGCUCCGCGUCUUCACUUCACGCCUCCCGCGGCCGCCGCCUUCGAAUUCAGACGGAGACCUGA